UAAAGCCUGGAGGGAUGGAUCUCUGGAUCUGUGGGCUCAGAACAGGGUCUGUGCAUAGGGGGGGGUCUAUGGGGCCCAGGGGCAGAAUUUCAUCCUGGGGCCCCCAGAAGGGAAGGGCCAGGGGCUCCUGCUCCCCUACCCACCCCCCUGCCCUGAAUGUGUCUCUGCAGCCCCUGGCAGAGCCCAGCAUGGUGCAGAUCGUCAUCUCCAGCGCUGGCACGGGGGCCCUGGCGCAGUGGGUGCUGGUGGAGCUGCAGGGUGAGGUGCAGCCCCGGCAGAGCGGGGACCUGGCUGGGAGCCUGCUGGGAGACCUGCACUACACCUGUGAGGGCGUCCCCGUGCUCAUCGUGGGUCACCACAUCCUCUAUGGGAAGGUGGUGCAGCUGGAGAAGCCGUUUGCUGUGCUGGUGAAGCAGGGAGGGGCUCCCCAGCCCAGCCCCACAGCGCCCCACGGCCACUACACCGUCACUGCCCUCAUCAAAACCAAACUGCUCUUCAAAACCCGCCCCAAGCCCAUCAUCACCCACGUGCCCAAGAAGGUCUGAGGGGAAGGAUGUGGGCUAUGAACUGUGAUCUGCUGCUGCAAAGAGCAGCAGGGACUUGGGGAAGAUCCUGGACCUGCAUAGGGAACUUUGGGGCUGCUGGGUCCUGUGUCUAGGCACCCAGAGCCCUUCCUGGGCCGCUUGUCCCCCCCAAAAAUGACUCUUUUCGGAGAGCAACCAAGCUUUUGGCCGCAGACCUUGUGGAUCACCCCUGGGGACGUGGCUCUUGGUAGGCAGGGGCUUCCUGUGAGCCUGGGCAGGUGUGUCCCAGCUCAGGGGCUGCCUACAGUGUCCAGCAGGUCCCAGGGAUCCAUGGAGGUGCCAGUGUGGAGGUGUCUCCUUCUACACCCUCCCUGCAGCUGUAGGGACACCAGUGCCAUGCAGGGACUCAGGACCAACCUCCCUCAAGUCGGGCAGAGGGACCAGGGACCCUCCCCCAAACACACCACGUGUCCUCACUUCAAGUCUUUAUUUCCACAAUUCCAUCAGGAUAUAAAAACCAGCUUUUUCCGCCCGAAAUAUGGAAAAAAAUCCCCCUGGCAGGUUCAAAAAUAAAUAGAUUUACAAACCAUCUGUGACAAUA